AUGGCCAUGGCGUCGCCGAGCCCAACGUCUUCCUAUGCGCCUUCGUCGUCGGCCGUGACGAUCCCCACCCCAGGCCGCUCCAUCCUCAAGCGGCCUCCUCCAACCCAGCAAUCCUUCUUUUCCCGAUUCUCCAAGUUUCUCCCCACACCAGCCCAGGCCCAGGCCAGCGCGACGUCCGGCGAUGAAUCCAAGACGCUCAAACGCGCACAUUUUAUCCUCCCGGAGCUCGUGACGGUGUACCCAAUAUCGUCGGCGAACCCACCAUCGAUGCCGACGCUGAAGGAGGAGAAGAAAAGCAUCGAGCAGAGGGAGAUGGAGAGGCGGCGGAGGGUUGUCAGGGGCAGUCCGUCGGCAUCGUCGAGCGGAGAGACGGACGAGUGGUGGUCGAUGGAUAAGGUCGAGUCGUUCUAUAGGGAGUGUUCGACGAGCAGGGAUGACCAGCCGAGUCCAGAGAUUUCGGCUGCUUUUAAGAAUGCGUCAGGGACAAAUCCUCGAACAUUGGAUCUAUCGGGUGUACAACUGACACCAGUUUCAGCCGCUGUGCUCUCCGAUGUCUUCACCAUCGAAUGGGGCCUUCGGAGAUUGACAUUUCGGGAGUGUGAUUUGGAUGAUCGGAUACUUAAACCGAUCCUCCACGCACUCCUCAUCCCCAAUUCCCUCCUUUUCCUGUCGGUUGCUUCGAAUCGACGGCUAAAAGCUCCCGCAUUUCGUAUCCUCGCUGCUUUUAUUUCCAAAUCGAAAAGCUUGCAGUUCCUGGACCUCUCCCAGAAUACAUUAGACAAGAAGGCGAUCGACUACAUCUCCGCCGCCCUUCCUCAAGCCCCUGAAGUAGGCCUCUCCUCUCUUAAGCUCGACGAUUGUCAAUUACGAGCUACAGUACUCGAAGCGCUUGCCCAUGUCGUCCGAACGUCCUCCCUGCGCAACAUCUCACUUCGACAUAACCGCAUCAACGCCUCAGGAGCAGUCGCCAUUGCGCUCAUGAUCAGAGACUAUCCCGACGUCGUCCCCGGUCUAGGUGCCAACACAGGCUUCUCUCCCACCUCUUCUGCGCCUUCAACACCUCCCAUGUCACCCCCCAUGCCUUCCUCCGCGCUACCGUCCACCGUAUCCGACAGUCAUGCCUCUUCGCCACAGAGCCUCAUCUCCACGCUCUCCCUCUCCAUAUCUUCCAGCAAUUCCUCCUCAACCUCCAUGGCCACCUCCAAAUCAUCAUUACUACCACCUCCAACACGCUCAGGACCCCUCCCACCACCUCCAAAACACCCAUCUACACAUCCUCAAACUACAUAUACACCCUAUAUUCCUCGAUCACGAAGAGCAGUCGCCCCGACCGUUAAUCCUUUAUCGCCUACGGGACAACAUAUACCGCUUAUCACGAGCUCGCAGCAGGGUGGGGUGACGAUGAGGCAUCCCGUGCCACCGAACUCUCAGUCCGGUGCUGGUGCUGCUGGAGAGGGAGUUGGCGCUGGUAGAGGACAACAGGGGGCGGCCACGGGGUCUCCGUCGUCUCAUGGACCGAGCGCGGCGUUGUUGGAUAAGGUUAGGGCGUUGGAUGCGUUGCCGAGGUUGGGUGCGCUGAGGACGCUCGAUUUGAGAGGAAAUGAUAUCCGGGGCGGCAUCACAUAUAUCGCACAGGUUUUGAAGCGGAACCGAACCCUGAAGGUCCUGAACCUGAGCGAGAACAAGCUGGACAUGCAGGGUUUAGUCAGCAUCGCGGAGGCUUUGAAAUACAACUCUUGUCUCGAGACGCUCGAUCUCAGUAAGAACCCGUGUUGUGGCCCUGGCUUCGACGGUGUCCAAUCGCUCCGCACGGCCUUCACGCUCAACACCGCGCUCAAACGUCUAUUCCUCUCCUCCACAUCGAUGACGUCUGCGGGGGCCAUCGCGCUUGCCGAGUUCCUACCCGAGUCGACAUCCCUGCUGCACCUCGAUCUGACGAUGAAUCAGUUGGAUUUGGCGGGCGUGAUGGCGCUCAACUCGGGACUGAAGGCGAACCAUGUGAUGAGAUGUUUAGAUCUGAAUAUUCCGCCGGGAGAUGAAGCGAUGGCAAGGAUGUGUCGCGACAUACUCAACACCUGCGUCCGCAACACCGAGGAAGCCGAACGCAGCGCCAACGCGACAUCCGCCGCACCGAGCACGACGACAUCUACCGUCGGGACCCCAACGAGCGCAACCAUGAUGGGCAAUGGGAGAGCACAGGGCAAGAGUCUGUGGAAUAUGAUCGAGGAGAGCGAGCUUGCGAAGAGCAUCAAGAAGGAUGAUCAGAAGAAGGUCCGGACUGUUCCUGGUUUCUCUCUCUCUCCUAAGUCAGAUACGGAUCGUUUACUUACGGAUGAGCGUGGUUCGCGUGACGGUGGUGGUGGCGAUGUGUCUGGUGGGCGUGAUGUUUCCGGUGUCGCGCCUGGUGUUGGUGUUGGUGCGGCGUCUGGUGGUGCUGGUGUUGUGCGUGGUGCCGGAUGGGCUGUAUUCGAACAGAACGAGACAGAGUUGAUAGACCAAGCGAAAGACUACAAGACCAAACUCGAAUCCAUGCUCGCCUCCAUCCCAUCUUCUUCUUCCAACUCUUCCUCGACAAUAUCCUCGACAACAUCCCUAUCCACCACGGACAUCGAUAUCGAACUCAUCGACAGCGCGAGGAAGACUCUGCCCCCUCUCGCGAACAUCAUCAGCUCCCUGUCCACCGUCACGACCUCCUCGACGUCUACUUCGACCGCAGAAUCGGCGCGCCUGGCGGAUAUGUUGGAGCUUAACGAUGGUCUUACGGAUCUGAUAUCGAAGGCUACGAGGUUGGCGAGGCCGAAUCUGAAGUUACAGGGAUUAGGAUUGGAAUUGAACGACAUAGAAUCGAUGGAAAAGGCGGGAUCGGGAUCGAGGGUGGCGACGCCCUCUGGCAGCGGUGGCCCUGGCUCUGCGUUGGGCUCGGGGUCCGCGUCUGGUCUAGGCUUGAGUCCGAGCGAUGUCGUCCUAGCGUCGAACGGUACAGCGAACGGACAUGCCACAGGCGAGGACACCGAGACCGAAACGGAAACAGAGGACGAGGGAGAACCGAAGGUCGAGACGCCAAAGGUGGAUAAGGGGAAGGGUAGAGCGAUUCCCGAGCCAGAGGAACCGGAGAAAGUGCUUAGUCCGACUGGAUUUGCGUUAGAGUCGGAUGAGGAGGGUGAGAGUGAGCUUGGACUGGGAGGGGUGAGGAGUCCUACAGAUCGGUCGAAGAGUUGGGUGGAAGAAGAGGGAGAGGUGUUCCGGAAGGGCACCAAGCUUCUAGGGCCGGAAGAGAUGGAGGGUGAAUACGCAGGCGAGGAGUUGCGGAUAGAGCUCCUGGAAGCGAUGGUAGACCGUCCACCUCCACGCUCCAUCGUCGACGAAUUCGGCGCCGACAUCACGCCUCCAGAUCAUCCCUCCUCCCCUGUAGUCCCAUCGCCGAAGCCUGAAGAACCUUCCAAGCCACCGCCAAGACCUUACAUUCCUCGGAGGUCGUCGUCGGCCUCCACCGUGACGCCGAAGAGUGCUACCUCACCUGAUGUAACUUCGUCGUCGAAGUUCACGACGUCGCCAGUCGUGACUUCUCCGAUAUCAACGUCGAGCGCGAGCGGGACCGAGAGCCCAUCGUUGUUGAGCCCGACGCAGACGACGGGGCCGAGACCGUAUAUGCCGAGGAGGAAGUCGUCGAAUGCGAGCUUCAGUUCGGGGUCGACCGUGGAUGGACCUUGAGGGGUGCUGAUCAAGGGAAACUGACUGAAGAGCCACUACCAUCUAUCCUACAUAUUGUCGAACGGACUUGGUCGUGAUACCACGAACCUCUUUUAACAAAGUGACCCUCCAUCUUCAUUGCUCAUUUUGUGUGAGAUACCCUUAGAGCACGAGGUGGUCUGAUUCAAACCACUUUACCUGUCACCGUCUUAAUUGUUGUCGGCCAGCACGAUGGAAUCUACAGCCAUACCUUGCAUGUUCAAUACAGGCUACCCCAGUUCAUCACCACCUCUCUUCAUUCGUCUUUGUCUAUUUCAAGGGUUCCCCCCUCCUCCUCUCCAAUCCUCGACCCACUCUCACCUUCACUUAAUUUGCAUGUCCUGUCGUUCUCUCUGUCUGUGUGGACGGUUCUCAUUCCUUUUUUGAAUAUGGUUCACUAUGUUUGCUGGUUUCUCCUCACUCUUUCAAUAUGACCCCACUGUGCACUUCCGUAUUUCGUCAUGCAGACGCAGUCAGGAUCUCCUCCUUU